GGGUUGUACUUCCUGUGUCGCCAUCCACAUGUGAUAAACAAGCGUAUGUAGUCCAGGUAGAACAAGCAUGGAUUAUUCAACAAAGUGGAGUAAUUUACCUACAGCUCCGAGUCUGAAGAAUCUGACACAAGGAGGCUUCGGCGUCCUGAAGGAGACUCAACAUGGCGCCAUCCAGGAUUUAACCCAAGCCCACGUAGAGUCCUUUGACCAGGCUAUGACUGAGGGACUGAGCCGCGUCGUGCAGGCCAUUCCUCCGAUGGAGUUCAUGUUCAGAAAUGACAAGAUCAGCCUUUCAUUUGUUGACGCUGCCAUUUACAGUCCAAUGGUUUCCAAAGGGAACGUCUGCAGGGAAAUGAAAGUGUUUCCGGCUGAGUGCAGAGGACGGAGAUGUUCAUACAGAGGGAAGAUUGUGGCAGACGUUUCCUGGUCAGUCAACGGCGUUCCCAAGGGCAUCAUCAAACAGCCUCUGGGUCAGAUUCCCAUCAUGGUCAAGUCCAAGCUGUGUAACCUGUACGGCAUGUCGCCCAAAGAGCUCGUCGAGCAUCACGAAGAGGCAGAGGAAAUGGGCGGUUACUUCAUUGUGAACGGGAUAGAGAAGGUCAUCCGUAUGUUGGUGAUGCCGAGGAGGAACUACCCAAUUGCCAUGUCGAGGCCUAAGUGGAAGAGUAGAGGCCAGGGGUACACGCAAUACGGUAUCUCCAUUCGCUGUGUGAAGGAGGAGCACACGGCCAUCAACAUGAACCUCCAUUACCUGGAGAAUGGGACUGUGAUGCUCAACUUCAUCUACCAGAAAGAACUCUUCUUCCUUCCGAUAGGAUUUGCACUAAAGGCUCUUGUGGACUUCUCAGACUUCCAGAUCUACCAGGAGCUGAUCAAAGGCCACGAGGACAACUCCUUCUACAAGAGCUGUGUGUCCGAGAUGCUGCGUGUGGUCAUGGAGGAGGGCUGCAUCACCCGCAGUAAGGUGCUCAACUACCUGGGAGAACGUUUCAGGGUGAAGCUGAACCUCCCCAGCUGGUACACCAACCAGGAGUGUGCCCACUUCCUGUUCAGCGAGUGCAUCUGCAUCCACCUGAAGUCAGAUGUGGAGAAGUUCUACCUGCUGUGUCUCAUGACCAGGAAACUUUUCACGUUUGCGAAGCAGGAAUGCAUGGAGGAAAACCCUGACAGCAUCAUGUGUCAGGAGGUGCUCACCCCUGGGCAGCUCUACCUCAUGUUCAUGAAGGAGAGGUUGGCGCACUGGCUGGUGACGGUGAAACUGUCCUUGGAGAAAAGAGGGAGCAGACUGCCUGCAGAAUAUACCACUGAACAUAUGAUGAAGAUUUUCGGGAUGGGCACGGAUUUGACCAAAGCCUUUGAGUAUAUGCUCGCCACUGGAAACCUCGCCUCUAAAACCGGUCUUGGUAUGCUACAGAGCACCGGCCUCUGCGUCGUAGCCGACAAACUCAACUUCAUCCGCUACCUGUCUCACUUUCGCUGCGUGCACAGAGGAGCGGCGUUCGCCAAGAUGAGGACCACCUCGGUCCGGAAGCUGCUGCCUGAGUCCUGGGGCUUCCUGUGCCCGGUACACACUCCGGACGGUGAGCCCUGCGGACUCAUGAACCACAUGACCGCCAGCUGUGAGAUCGUGGCCCAGAGCGCCCACACCACGCCCCUGCAGGUUCUGCUCUGUUCACUGGGUGUGACUCCAGUGGAUGGUUGUCCAGGUCAGGCCUUCUCAGACUGUUACCCUGUGGUCCUGGAUGGGGCUGUAGUGGGCUGGGUGGAGGCUGAUUUGGCCCCUGUUGUGGUGGAUUCUCUGCGCAGGUUUAAGGUGCUGAAAGAGAGGAAGGUGCCCCCCUGGACCGAGAUUGUUCUGGUCCCUAAAACGGGAAAGGCCAGCUUGUACCCGGGUCUGUACCUGUUCACCACCCCCUGUCGGAUGGUCCGGCCUGUACGGAACCUGGCUCUGGGCAAAGAGGAGCUGAUCGGCACCUUCGAACAGCUUUACAUCAACGUGGGCAUCUUGGAGGAUGAGAUCGAAGCAGGAGUGACGUCGCACCAGGAGCUCUUCCCUCAUACGAUGCUCAGUGUCGUGGCCAAUUUCAUCCCGUACUCGGACCACAACCAGAGUCCCAGGAACAUGUACCAGUGUCAGAUGGGUAAACAGACCAUGGGAUUCCCUCUGCACUCAUUCAUGGAUCGAUCCGAUAAUAAACUGUAUCGGCUGCAGACGCCGCAGAGCGCGCUGGUGCGGCCUUACAUGUACGACCACUACAACCUGGACAACUACCCCAGCGGCACCAACGCCAUCGUGGCCGUCAUUUCCUACACGGGCUACGACAUGGAAGACGCCAUGAUUGUGAAUAAGUCGUCAUGGGAACGAGGUUUUGCACACGGGUGCAUCUACAAGACGGUGCUGGUGGAUCUGGCAGAAAAAGCAAAAGGAGACGACGCCAUUGUCUUCGGGACCAAACCUGGAGACCCCAAGGUCGGCGACAAACUGGACGCAGACGGACUCCCUCACAUCGGAUCCACGAUUCAGUACGGAGACCCGUUCUACAGCUACAUCAACCUCAACACUGGCCAGGCCUUCGUCAACUUCUACAAGAGCCAAGAGGCCUGUGUUGUGGACAACAUAAAGAUCUGCAGUAACGACAGCGGCUCAGGUCGCUUCAAACGCAUCUGCAUCACCGUCCGAAUUCCACGAAACCCAACCAUCGGGGACAAGUUCGCCAGCCGUCACGGACAGAAGGGCAUCCUGAGCCGCCUGUGGCCCACCGAGGACAUGCCCUUCACAGAGAGCGGCAUGACGCCCGACAUCCUGUUCAACCCCCACGGAUUCCCCUCUCGAAUGACCAUCGGGAUGCUGAUCGAGAGCAUGGCCGGUAAAUCGGCGGCGCUGCACGGCCUCAGCCACGACGCCACGCCCUUCACCUUCUCCGAGGAGACGUCUGCGCUGGAGUACUUUGGGAAGAUGCUUCGGGCCGGCGGGUACAACUACUACGGUACGGAGCGGCUCUACAGCGGCAUUAGCGGGCUGGAGCUGGAGGCGGACAUCUUCAUCGGCGUCGUCUACUAUCAGCGGCUGCGUCACAUGGUCUCAGACAAGUUCCAGGUGAGGACGACCGGAGCUCGGGACAAGGUGACCAACCAGCCGGUGGGAGGGAGGAACAUCCAGGGGGGGAUCCGUUUCGGGGAGAUGGAGCGCGACGCCCUGCUGGCCCACGGGUCCUCCUUCCUGCUUCACGAUCGCCUCUUCAACUGCUCGGAUCGCUCGAUGGCUCAGGUGUGCGUGGACUGUGGAAGCCUGCUGUCGCCUCUGCUGGAGAAACCGCCGCCGUACUGGUCAGCCAUGCGCAACCGCAAAACUGUCUGCACCCUGUGUGGAAAAAGUGACUCCAUCGGCUCCGUGUCUGUUCCUUACGUCUUCCGCUAUUUUGUGGCUGAGCUGGCAGCAAUGAAUAUAAAAGUCAAGUUAGAUGUGAAGUAA